AUUGUGUAUAUUCGUAUCUGACAGAUCAAAUCAAAAUAAACAUCGGCCGACGCCCAAACAAAACAUUAUUUUUGUAAAAUAGGCGUGUCGCACACGCCCGGCUGCAGUGUCCGCUGACACUCAAUAAAAAAUAUUGAAAAUAAAUUAACUACCCGCGUUUAAUAUAAUCAGGCUUUCGGUGCAUAAAUAUAAAUUGGGCCGGAAAAUAAGUGCCAACGAUGGUGUCUACAAGGGGGGUCCGUUAUAAAUUUAGUGAAGGCGAGCGAGUUUUGUGUUAUGAACCUGAUCCUACAAAGGCUAAAGUUCUCUACGACUCCAAGGUGUUGGAAGUGAUUGAAAGUAAGGACAAGCGCGGCAGGCGCACAGUGGAGUAUCUCAUCCACUUCCAAGGAUGGAACUCAUCAUGGGACCGCUGCGUUAGCGAAGACUUUGUCCUCAAAGACACCGAGGAGAAUAGACAGCUGCAAAGAGAUCUGGCUGAAAAGUCACAGCUACAGCUGGGUGCGUAUCUGUACCGUCGAGAGCGCAAGAAGGGCGGCAGUAACAAUGCAGGGGCGGGUCCCGCCAAGCGCGCUCGACAUGGCUUCAGUGAUGAUGGCUCUUCCAGUAGCACUCAGCCUGAUGAAGGAGAGACCGGCGAUACGGACUCAUCCUCUGCGUCAGGAUCCAGCUCCCAGCCGCGCUCGCCGCCACCCAAUGUGCAUAUGGGACGUGCACACAUUACAUUGCCGUCUGCUCUACGCGAUCGCCUGACAUUCGACUACCACCUGGUAGUGAAGCGCGGUCGUCUGUCGCGUCUGCCGGCGUCUCCAUGCGCGGCCCAAAUCCUGGAAUCCUUCGUGAAGUGGUUCGCUAGGGCCGGCGCCUGGCACCCCACCAGAGCUCGUAACGACCCGCCGCAGAAGCCGGACAUGCUUGAUGUCUCUUGCAGGCUGAACUUGGUCCGCGAGGUAGCUGAUGGACUGCGCGUGUACUUUGACUUCAUACUGCGCGGUCACUUGCUGUACAAGCAGGAGCUCAACCAAUACCAUGAGAUCUGCGGACAUUUCAUUGACGAGCAAGAAGAGAUAAAGAAGAUCAAACUGGAGAAACCUGAUGAAGAAAUUGAAGACGAUCAGAUGAUGACUGAGGAUUGCAUUCUCAACACCGUAGAGGAAGAUCUCAAGAGCCCGAAGAUCCCGGAGUACUCCCACCUGCCCCCGGAUCCUAUGGAUGCCGAUAAGAGUGAGGGCUCUUACACUGGCGAGUCCAACAACGAUGAGAUGCAGGCUUCGAAGAGCGACUCUAACGACAAGCCGGCCGCCAUGAGCGACUCCAACAUGGACGAGCUCAUCGCCUGCGAGCGUCACAUGGACAACGCCGCCACACGUUUCGGGACAGUGGCGCGCAGGCUUCGCUCUCAUAAGUCGGCCGUGUCUCAAUCUGAGAACGACGAGCCGGCUCCGUCAACCUCCACCGGCGAGCCGAGGACGUUCGAGACCAUGUCGUCUAGCGUGGGCAGUAGCGGCUCGUCCCUGAGUGAGGUGUGGGCGCGGCCGGCGCCGGGCAGCGCGCCCGCGCCCACCACGCGCACGCCGCUGUCGCUGCUGCUCGACAAGGUGGCGAAGUGGCAGAUUAUUCCACGCGAAGGAACCGAACACUUGCCAUGCCGUGUGUACGGCGCCAUUCAUCUUGCCAGGCUCUUCGUCAAAUUGCCAGACUUCUUGAACGCUACUCAAAUGCCAGAUUUCAAGCUAAAAAUGAUCUUGAAGCACAUUGAUAUGUUUGUGCAGUACCUGGACGAGCACAGCGAAUGGUUCGGCGAGGUGUACUACGUCGCCGACAGCAUGUCUCGCUCCCACUAAAGUAUUACUAACUCUGGCUACAACCGAACAAACAUUUGCUCUCUAUUGAGAUAUACUUUACAUUCCAAACUUAUCAUCGCUGAACAUUAGGCAUCCAAAUUUAAAGCUCUAUUAGCGCCACCGUCCAUAAAAACAAAAAAAAAACUAAGAAAUCUCAGCGGUGUUAGUUAUAGCUAUUUUAUUAUCAAAAGUACGCGCUAUCUUGAAUCUCUAUUUUUGGUAAUAUAACAGCUGUCCAUUCAUUGUUAUCUGCUAGUAAUGCUGUUAUUACUAGAAAAAUCAAUAUCGUAAACGAGUGACUUAUUAUAAAGCCUUCAUUAGUAAACAUAUUUAAAUCGUGUAUCAUGUUCUCAAGUUAUAUACUUGAUACCGACACAAAACCUUGUACCUUCAUAAAAAGUAUUGCUAAACUGAAGUUGGCUCCAUAUCCAUUCAAUUUCGGCUUCAACUUUUACAAUUACCUACUUGACAAGCAAAGUAUAAAGAGUUCAGCCCUCUACUUGAGUGGAUACUAGUAAAUAAAUCGUAACAAACCUUUGUGUGUCGGUGUCAAGAAUAAUAACUAUCUAUUUUAUGUAGAAAACGUUUGUCAGUAUUAUGUAGUGGUUGUAAUUGGGACCUUGUUAAUUAUAGCACUGGCCUAUCAAUGCACAAUAGGAUCUGGAGUUAUUCUAUAUUACCUACGCUAGUUGAUAAUUAGCUUUUAAAUUCUCUCUCAUCUUGUAUCGCAUUAGCAAUAGACUGUUAUCGAACUCCAUACAAUAUACAAUGGCAGUUUGUGUUUUCAUGCUGUUAGUGUUACAUUGUUUUUCAAAACAACCAAGAUACAAUAUUUUGGGCGCGUUAUAAUAAUAUAUACAUAAGGCAUUGUAGCCAACAGAAAUGCCGGAGUUGUCUGGCUGAAAACAAGUUUUAACGAUAUCUAAACCUUAGGUACCUAUACAUUAACAUUGUAUUGUAUUAUUUUAUUAACAUUGUAUGGAGCAGAUAGUUAUAGCAAUAGUUUUUAAUAUACACUUGGCAUAUUCAUUUUUUCGUGUAUCAAAUAGUAGCGCGGGUUUCAGAACGUUCAAAUAAUAGUGCGUAUUUAUAAUUAACCGAAAAAAGCACUUAAACCCAAAAAUAUGUAUACCUACUUAUCUUUGACGUAGAUUCAGUACCAGUUUAUCAAUUAGAGACAUAGUCAUUGUAAUAUGAUUAUAUUAUUAUUAGAAGUACAGUAUCAUUUGAAACUACGUAGAUUGUAUAAUCGAAUUACAAAUAUCUUGCAUUAGAGGCGCAUUAUACGCUGAUUCACCGAUAUGAAACUGGCAAGUCAGUGUUAUAAAAUAAGAAAUAUCCUAGUCGUGGUUUAACUAUCAAAAUAAGAGUAUUUUUAUAUAAAGUUGAUGUUCAAUUGCCAAGCCGACCCCACUUAGCUGGGGUAACGGCUACGUAGAUUGAUUGUUCAUGUUCAAUUGGCAUCGUGGCCCCUAGCCACUAGCCAGCGUGUUUGCCUGGAAUCAAUUUCUAGGUCAGACGAAUUGUCAGUGCGUUUCCUGUUGCGCAUUUCGGAGUUUAAAAUAUACCUAGCAGGCAGGGUAUGCUAAUUUCUAUGGCCGAAUUUAGGCAAGUGUGAUUUAUACGGCUGCCUACCCCUUAUGUUUAAUAAGUUUUUUUUUUUUAUUUUGUAAUAUUAAGUCAUACUAAAGUUCCGUAAAUUGAAACUAACGAUUGCGUUAGCUGUAAAUUUUUAUUUGUGGUAUUAUAUAUCGAGAUGUGUUUGUGCCGUAUGUGGCUGUUAGCAAAAUGUAUGAAGGAGCAUUUCGUAGAUCGGUGUAUCAGCUUCAAAGUCGACGCCGAUAUGAUGACGUUACUUAUGCUUCCAAACGUGAAAGUAUCGGUAUCGGUUGCCUUAGUUAUAACACAUUGUUGAAACACUUAGUUAAUCGAGUGAACUUUACAAAAAGUACUUAGACUUUAAAAUGUUAUAAAAGACGAUUACACGAAAUUGGUAUUCAUGAGAACCUUCAUUACACGUACGAAUAAGAACUACAAUUCGUAUGAAAAUCUUAAUUCAAAUUCAAGUACCAUUUGUAAACAUCACUAUUAGUACUCAGGUAAUGAUGCAUCGUACAAUGUUUAAACCGCAAAUAAAUAGUGUUGCAUUUUAUUUUAGUGUGCAUCUAUUAAAUAAAAUAAAGUUUACUCCAAA